UUUCGCCCCUCCUCCGCAUGGAACGCUGAGGAACCACAGACCCUAGGGACCCACAAUCCACUACCGAGAAUUAUUUUAUCCCACUCGUCAGCGGCCGCAUGUUGAACUCGUGCGGCCCCUUCCGCCCACCUCCACGCCCUCCGCUCCGCAGUGCCACAAGUAGACCUGCCUCUUUCUUCCUAGUCUUUCCUCUCCUUUCCAUCCUCCUGUUUCCACAAUUCCACACCCCUUAUUCCAGCUCUAUUCGACUUUUGCUUCACGAGUGCUCCGACCACACCCAGUCUUCUACAAGACCCUUCCUCUCUCUUUUGCCUUCCACCCAGGAAGCAGCUCUCCUCCCAUCCUUCAUGGCCUCCCUCAGAGCACCCACUUUCUCCCUCAACCUCCCAAGCUCGGGCAAAACCCUCUCUCCUCUCCCACAAACCCGAUCUCUAAAAUCUCUCAAAUUCCCUAUCCCAAACCCCACAAAACCCCCAAAAGUAGCCGCUUUUCCCCUCCGGCAUACCGUCUCCGCCUCCUUCUUUUCCAACAACAAGCAGACAUCCUCCGAUUCCCGACCAACUAAGGUUCAGGAGAUGUGCGUGUACGAAAUCAACGAGAGGGACCGCAACAGCCCAGCCUACCUCCGCCUGAGCCAGAAGGAAGUCAAUUCCCUCGGCGAUCUCGUCCCCUUUAGCAACAAGGUCUACCACGGCAAUUUGGAGAAGAGGCUGGGGAUAACGGCGGGGAUCACCAUCCUUAUCCAGCACGUCCCGGAACGCAACGGAGACCGAUACGAGGCGAUAUAUAGCUUCUAUUUCGGGGACUACGGGCACAUAUCGGUCCAGGGGGCGUACUUGACCUACGAGGACACGUACUUGGCCGUCACCGGCGGGUCGGGGAUAUUCACCGGGGUUUACGGCAAGGUUAAGCUGCAGCAGAUUGUAUUCCCCUUUAAGUUAUUCUAUUCCUUUUAUCUCCAGGGGAUACCGGAUCUCCCCAAAGAACUUCUGGGGAAGCCCGUGCCGCCGUCGCCGACCGUCGAGCCGACCCCGGCCGCCAAGGCCGCCGAGCCCCACGCGGCGGUAAAGAAUUAUACCAACUAGUUUGGUAGUCGAUCGGUGCGCAAAUAACACGUCCGUACGUACUCUUGUCGGAAACUUGGAAGGUUUGGUUGUGGCGUUUGUCGGCUGUUAUUCUUGUCUAUCCGGCUGGUGAAUUAGUAUAACUUGGAUUAGAGCCUUCUUUAAUUCCAACUUUCUGUUGGUGUGUGAGCUUGUUCUUCUAGUUCUAGUCUGUUGUGUUUCAUAAUUACUGCUAUGUAUCAUCUGUUUUAACCACCGCUGAAUUCACCAGUCCUAUCUGGUAGUAGGAAAUCAGCGGCCGAGGGGAGACAAUGGCGUGAGUUAUUCUGGAUAUUCUGUAGCAUUUUUAUUCUCUUUCCAAGUUCACUGUCAAGUA